UCGAGAGAAAAGACUUCGCAAAAAAAAUCAGACUUCAGUUUAAUGUUCAACUUCAAACUUAAAUCACCGGAAAAGAAAAAACUUAAGAUAAAAUUUCACAAUUCAGUCUUCUAGUUGUUCUUUUCAACACUAAAAAGUGAAAACUUUAAGAAAAUCAUAAAGUGCGACUAAAAAAUUUUUUCUAUCGACGAAAGGAACAAAAGAAAGGAAAAAGGAAAAAUAUAUUACUGGAAAGGAAAUCUACAGUAAACGAUCGUCAAAUUGGAUUUAAUUGCACUAAAUUGAUAGCAAACAUAGAUCGUAGAAUCGAUAAGGCAGCAACGGUUAUGGCAACAUGGACAACGAACAGCCCCAUCAAGAACUCGUAAAAUGUGUACUCGUCGGAGAUACUGCUGUUGGAAAAACGCGAUUGAUUUGCGCGAGAGCUUGCAAUAAGCAUGUGUCGUUAUCACAGUUAUUAUCAACUCAUGUGCCGACUGUUUGGGCCAUCGAUCAAUAUCGAAUUUACAAAGACGUUCUCGAGAGAUCUUGGGAAGUUGUAGAUUCAGUCAAUGUUUCGCUUCGUUUAUGGGACACAUUUGGUGACCAUGAGAAAGACAGAAGAUUCGCUUAUGGCCGAUCCGAUGUUGUACUUCUCUGCUUCUCCAUCACAAAUCCAAUAUCAUUGAGAAAUUGUCGGUUGAUGUGGUAUCCUGAGAUUCGACGAUUUUGCCCGCAAACACCGGUCAUUCUUGUCGGCUGUAAAAACGAUUUGCGCUACAUGUAUCGUGAUGAAACUUAUUUAUCAUACUUUGGUGAUCGAAGUCCAUUUGUGCGUGCUGCACGAAAAAGUGAUUUGGUGAUGCCAGAUGAAGCACGAGCCGUUGCUAAAGAGCUUGGUAUCGUAUAUUAUGAAACGAGCGUUUUCACAUAUUUUGGUGUUAAUGAAGUGUUUGAGAAUGCAAUCAGAGCGGCGCUAAUUGCUCGCCGACAGCAAAGAUUUUGGAUGACGAAUUUGAAGCGAGUUCAACGUCCAUUUCUGCAACUACCAUUCCGACCACCAAAGCCAACACCACCGGAAGUGUCUGUUCUUACUGGAAGCCAUCCAAAAGAUAUGCUUAACAUGCUUCAUGCUCAAUGUUAUACCGAUCUCGUUCUCGUUGCGGGAAAUAUUCGUUUCGCUGUUCAUAGAUUUAUGUUAGCUAGUAAUUCAAAUGCAUUUCAUAGAUUAUUAAGCAUGGAUUUAACAUCCGAUAUGGGAGCGAGAAGCUCAAGUGAAUCGAGUAUGGUAAGCUCGACAUUUGGUGAAUCAAGCACUGAUUUCAAUGACGAUACCGAAUAUCUGAUAAGAAAUGAUCAGAAACCAGCUGUAAGAAUGUGGGAACAAUUAAAGAGGCGAUCAAGUUAUCAAGCAUUGCCAACGAUAGAGCCAAAGAAAGAUGUUUAUCGUGAUUUGCAUCAUCCUGUUUUUCAUAAUAUUCGAGUCGUUCAGGUUGACGAAGAACGUAAUAGUAUUAUUCAAAACCAAACAAUUGUCUCAUUGAGUAAAGUGAUAACUGCAAAAGCAAUGCAACAAUGUCUUAUGUUCAUUUAUACGGGUACAAUUGAGCCUGAAUAUCUUCAACUUGAGGAAGUGCGACAAGCAGCUGAGUUUUUGGAACUUCCUCAACUCAUGGUUCUAUUGUCCAACACUCAGUCCAAUGAAAGUUUUAUGAAUGAUGAAACAAUCCAACAUUACACGACGUGUAUGAAGCAAAAUUUAGAAAAAUAUUGUGUUGAUAAUGGAAUGUAUGCUGAUAUAACAUUCGAAUUAGAUGAUGGACGAGUGCGUGCCCAUCGAGCAAUUUUAGUAGCGCGAUGCGAAGUGAUGCGUGCGAUGUUGAAUGGCGACUUUCGUGAAGCUCAUGCACAUACAAUUUGUUUGCCUGGCGUGACUGAGUACACAUUCCAUAAACUUUUGUGUUAUCUCUACACCGAUGAAAUUCCACCAGUUUCUGCCGAUAAAUGUUUAAAUCUUUUAGAGCUUGCAAAUCGAUUAUGUUUGCCGAGACUUUUAAAUCUAAUUGAAUGUCGUGUCAUUGAGAACUUAACAAAGAUAUCACAAAGUGAAACAAGCGAAGCUGUUGAGCUUUGUUUGAAAUUAUUAGAGCCAGUAAAGCUUCACAAUGCCCAUCAACUCGCUGAGUGGUGCAUGUCUUAUUUAUGUGUCAAUUACAACAGCAUUUGUCGUCAUUCUCCGAAAUCUUUGAAACAACUUCAUCCAGACAAUCAAGAAUAUUUACGAGAAAAUCGUUGGCCGCCAGUUUGGUAUCUGAAAGAUUAUGAUUACUAUCAGCGUUGUAUGAAGGAACAGAAGCUUGAAAUGAACAUGAACAAGAAGAAUUGUCAGAAUGACAAUGGUGGUUGUUUGUGCUUUUCAGGUGGCAAGUCAAAGAAUCGAAGUGAUGGAGCGACGAAGAUUCCAGCAUCGCAAGAUAGCACUACUUUAUUUCAAAGCAAUCCAAAUUCAGUUGAUCAAUUGGAUCUUGAGAUGGCUGACCUUUGACAUCCGGCACAUGGGCAGUGGAGGUAUUGACAAUGAAAAAUCAAUUUUUAAGUUAAGAUAGCGUUUAGUUAAUUAUUUUUUAUAUUUAUCACUCAAAGUUGAAUCGUACGAUUGGAAAACAUUUAUUUUUCUUUCUUUCUCUUCUCAAUCUUCUCCCUGUUUUCUUUUUUCAAAAAAAAAACUCGAAUUUACAUUUCAGAUCAAUCAGAUUUGUUGUGAUUCUGCCCGUGUUGUUGUGUUUAAUCUGUUCGGUGUUAAGUAUUCUGAUUAUUUUCCAAAUCUACACCUAAUUAAUCUUUUUACGAUAAUGAGGGAAUUGAAACAUAUUUAAGUUUAUGUUCUGGAUAAAAAUCAUGCCGUGAAAUGUUUAGAAACGAUUCCAGGUAAUCAUUUGAGCAAUAAGUGAACGAAGUUCAAAGAAAGAUGUGAUGAAGCAGCCAAGGAAACAGAAUUGAAUGUUGAAGAAAGAA